CCCGGGGUGGAUCCCCCGGCUGGUAACGGAGCCCCGCGGAAGGAAUUCCUCAAAACAGCGAGAGACUUCCGAAGUGGGGGGUGGAAGGCGGCAGUUUUCCCCCUCCUUCCCCGUUCGGGAGAAAGGAGCUGCCCAACCUGGUCAUGAGACUCUUCCACACUUCCCAAAGAGGCUCCUGAAGUUCUGGCGCUGCAGCGCUGGGAGCCCGGGGCAGCCAGUCCAGCGCAGCCCCGCCGAGGGCACACACAGCUCGGGAGAUGGAGAAUGAGGUUGGCAAAUCUGUGGACAAUCAAAUGGACAAAUACAUAGUUACGAUAAUGGGGAAAUCAGAAAGCCAAAUGGAUAUUGUGGAAAAAUCAACGAAAUCUGGGAAGAAGCCCUGGAGCUUUGUGGCACUGGGUCUGGCUGUCCUGCUGCUCCUCAUGACUUGUGCCGCCGUCGCCCUGGUGAUCCUGUAUGCCAGCAGCAGAGGAACUCACUAUGGCACCAACUCAGGCAACAUAUGCACCACCCCUGGCUGUGUCACGGCAGCUGCCAGAAUAAUCCAGAACAUGGACCCCGCAGCUGACCCGUGCCAGGAUUUCUACCAGUACGCCUGUGGGGGCUGGCUGAGCAGGCAUGUCAUCCCAGAGACCAGCUCCAGGUACAGCAUCUUCGACAUCCUGAGGGACGAGCUGGAGAUCAUCCUGAAAGGUGUGCUGGAGACUUCAGAUCAAGGGGACAGAGAGGCAUUUCAGAAAGCCAAAAUCCUUUACAAGUCAUGCAUGAAUGAGAGCCUUAUAGAGCAACGAGAUUCUUUGCCUCUGCUGGAGGCCUUAAGGAUGGUUGGAGACUGGCCAGUGGCUUCUGCAGACUGGAAUAAGACCAAAGAGCCAAGCUGGAGCAUGGAAGAAAAACUGUCCCUAAUGAACUCCAGGUUUAACAAACGUGUCCUCAUCGACAUGUUCGUGUGGAACGACGACCGGGACUCCAGCAGGCACAUCAUCUAUAUUGACCAGCCAAGCUUGGGAAUGCCAUCCAGGGAUUACUACUUCAAUGGGGGCAACUAUCAAAGGGUGAGAGAGGCUUAUCUGCAGUUCAUGAUCACCGUGGCCAAAAUGAUCCGGGAGGACCAGAACGUGUCUAGAGAUGACUCCUUUGUCCAAGAGGAGAUGACAAAGGUGAUGGAGCUUGAAACAGAGAUUGCAAAUGCAACAACCCCAGCAGAGGAGAGGCACGAUGUCACCUUGUUGUACAACAAAAUGACCUUAACAGAGCUACAGGAAAAGUUUGCAUUGAAUGAAUUUAACUGGACCUUCUUCAUCCAAGGUGUCAUGUCUUCAGUAAGUGUCCAGGUUGACCCAGAGGAGGAGGUGGUUGUCUAUGGCAUGCCCUACCUGCAAGAGCUGAAGGCAAUCAUCUCCAAGUACUCAGCAAGCACCAUCCAGAACUACCUCAUCUGGCGCCUGGUGAUCGACCGCAUCAGCAGCCUGAGCCGGCGCUUCAAGGACGCCCGGGCCAGCUACAGGAAGGCUCUCUACGGGACGACGCUGGAGGAGGCGCGGUGGAGGGAGUGCGUGAGUUACGUCAACAACAACAUGGAGAACGCGGUGGGAGCGAUGUAUGUCCGGGAGACUUUUGCUGGUGAGAGCAAGAGGAUGGUGCGAGAUUUAAUAGAGAAGAUCCGUGAAGUGUUCGUGGAGACCUUGGAUGAGCUACAGUGGAUGGACGAGGCAUCCAAGGAGAAAGCCAGGGAGAAGGCAAUGGCAAUCAAAGAACAAAUUGGCUAUCCAGAUUACAUUUUGGAAGAUCAGAAUGACAAGUUGGAUCAGGAAUAUGCCAAUUUAAACUUCAGUGAACACAAUUACUUUGAAAACAUCCUGGAAAACCUGCGAGCUGGGGCCCAGAAGAGCUUGAAAAAACUUCGAGAGAGAGUUGACCAAGACAUAUGGAUAAUUGGAGCUGCAGUGGUCAAUGCAUUCUAUUCCCCCAACAGGAACCAGAUAGUUUUUCCUGCUGGGAUCCUCCAGCCCCCCUUCUUCAGCAAACACCAGCCACAGGCCCUGAACUUCGGGGGCAUCGGGAUGGUCAUCGGGCACGAGAUCACCCACGGCUUCGACGACAACGGAAGGAAUUUUGAUAAAGAUGGGAACAUGCUGGACUGGUGGAGCAACUUCUCAGCGCUGCACUUCAAGGAGCAGUCCCUGUGCAUGGUGCACCAGUACGGGAACUACACCUGGGAGCUGGCGGGGGGGCAGAACGUCAGUGGCAUCAGCACACUGGGAGAAAACAUUGCAGACAAUGGAGGAGUCCGACAGGCCUACAAGGCCUAUUUGAAGUGGCUGGAACGGGAAGGAAAGGAGCCAAAGCUUCCUGGACUGAACCUGUCCCACAAACAGCUUUUCUUCCUCAAUUUUGCCCAGGUUUGGUGUGGCUCCUACAGACCAGAAUAUGCCAGCCAGUCCAUAAAGACAGACGUGCACAGCCCUCUGAAGUACAGGGUGAUGGGAUCCUUGCAGAACUUCGAAGCCUUCUCCGAGGUGUUCCGCUGCAAGAAGGGCACAGCCAUGCACCCCGCAGGGAAGUGCCGGGUGUGGUAACCCAGGGACA